AUGCGCCAAGCGCGCGACAGGCAAAGAGAAUCAAUUGCUCUCAGUGGUUCGAACCCUGGCAAAUCUGUCGCUAACAUCUUCCGUCAUCGGUCCUCCUCUAAGCGUGGUCACGAACUUCCACCCAUGCUUAAUGAUAACAAAGUCUUCCUCACCGAUGACACUGACAAGGCGGAGUUGUUUAGUGCUUUCUUUGCAAAACACCUUGAUACCGAGUCCGAUCCGGUCCCUUUCUUUCGAUCACCUUCAGGUAGGACACUGAGUACAAUUGAUGUCUCCUCAGAUCUCAUUAAGAAACACAUAAGCCGUUUGAAAUACUCACACUGCUCAGGAACGGACGGGAUUCCGAAUCCGAUUAUUAAACAAGCGUCCGACCUUCCCAUAUUGCUCAGUCAUUUAUUCUCGGUUUAUAUUUCAAAAGGAUUCUUUCCUGAAACAUGGAAAACGUCAAUUAUCAUUCCGGUCUUCGAGUCAGGAUCUCGGUCCGAUGUUAAUAAAUAUCUGGGCGUGCACAAAACGCCGUCUCUAGCGAAACUUCUUGAAAGAAUAAGUUUCAAUGAAAUUCUUGUCUUCUGUAUAGCUUAUCGGCUUCUGAGGUCUAGAUAGUAUGGAAUUUACCUGGAAGUUCCCGCAAAACAUGUCACUUGGCUUUUCGUAAUCUAAUCACUUCUCUUCGUAAUGAGCGGCAGUCCGUGGUAGUUAUUUACUUUGAUCUUAGCAAAGCCUAUGUCAAGGUAAACCGUAGACGUCUUUUAGUAAAAUUGGAAGCUCUCGGAAUCCGGCUGCCUCUACUCGAUUUCAUCAGGUUCUAUCCGUCCAACCAAUAUCAGAAAGUCAUGGUCGGUAAUAGCUACUCGACACGCCACUCGAUCACGAGUGGCGUACUUCAAGACACGGUUGUGGGUCCGCUAAUCUUCCUUCUGUACAUCAAUGAUAUUUCGACUGAACUCGCUAAUUCGCAAACUUUUACUUAUGCCGAUGACCUCAAGUGUGCAUACUCAUACUCUAAGGACACCGCAAAUGUUUGUGUGGAAAACAUUAAUGCCGAUUUACUACGCUUAAGCAGAAGGGGUUCGACAUGGCAGAUGGAGUUUUCAUCAUCCAAGUGUAGUUUCAUGUCUUUGGACCUACCAAACUUCCUGGUCCCAUAAUUUUUCAAGAUAAGCCACUCUCAGAAUGCCUCACCAUAAAGGAACGAGGUCUUAGUUAUACAAAUAAACUUGCUUUAUCACCUCAUGCAGAUAGAAUCUCUGCCAAAGCCGCGCAGAUAUGUGGAUUCAUAUCGCAUAAGUUUUUUUAUCCGGAAAUGAAGCUAAGACUUUAUCAAAUGUUUGUUCUUCCAGUCCUCGAAUAUUGCUGUCCUUUCUUCGGUUUAAUGAACGCCUGCGACCGUAAUAAAAUCGAAAAUGUUCAGAGGGUUUUCAUCCGUAAACUUUUCUCUGAAGCUUCGUAACGUAUUUCUUAUACUCAGAGAUGUCGGCUGGCGAACAUUAAGUUUUUGUGGGUAAAAAGACUCGAAGCUGGCCUUUGCUUCCUUUUUCGCAUCAACUCUAGUUCCUGUCUUCCGCACAUUGACACUCUCACUCCGAGAGAUCGGUCUUAUGCCACGCGCAACUCCUGCAUGGUGGUUCCGCCGCCUCUAUAUACUACAUCUAAGCGCCCCCUCUUCUUUGCUUCAAAAUAUGCCUUCCUUUGGAGCAAUCAUCCACCUGAAAUUAGAGUAUCGCCAAAUUUACUGGUAUUUAAGUCAAAAUUACGCAAACAUUUUACACCGGAAAGCAAAAAACGCACUGUUAACGGUCUCAUUCCCGAACACUCAGAUUCUUGACUUCGAGAAGGGUCCUCCUUGUAUUUAGUGGUAGAUUAAGUGGUAACUCUAAAUCCACUGCCAUAACUCCUCUCCAUACCGAAAAUUUACGCGAUUUUAGAUGUCAUCUCCUGCAUUCCGACCUCAUGCGGUCUGUUGAUGCUCACAGCGGAACCCACAGUAUUUGCCGUCUACUAGUAGUUUGGUCGUACCUCCCUUCCCCACUGCUCGGCUGAGCUCGAAGCGUGAUGUGGCCGAUCGCAUAUGGGUUCCUAUCGUCUGACAUCUUUGACGCGAACAGUCUCAUGCGGCGUAUAAAUCCGGUCCAGACGAUGUCAAUUGUGAAGCCCGUGUACAAUACCACUUGCAGGCCAGUCCUGUCAGACCCGCAUACGUACCCCUCAAGGCUGACAUUUAUUGAUAACCUGACGAUGACCGACAACAAUCCGUUCUAUACCGCCACCUACAAGUCAGUCCUGCUCGCUUUUUUCUGUCAUUAUUUUUAUUGAAGGUUUUUUUUCUCCUGUAAAAUUAAUCCAAUCAUUUUAAACUUUUUGUACAGAGCUUUUUUUCGCCCCUCACUAAUCAUGUUUCUCAAUGGACUACUAAUUCAGAAACUACGAAUUGCAUUUUGUAAAGUUUCUGCCUACCUCGUCUAAAACUCGCAUGUAAAUUUAUUUUAACUUGCUUUGAUGGGACACGGACGGGUCUUUAAUAAAAAUUAUCUAUCUAUCUUUUUGUUCCCAGAUGCCUUCCCGAUGGCUGGCAGCGGGCGGGUUAAAAUGCCACUGUGUCUCUAGAGUUAGCAGUUGGUCCGGCAUUCUCUUUUGUUCCCAAUUGUGUAAGUCCUUUCGUCAUUCUGCUACCGCUCCAACAAAAUUUGUUCCGUUUUUACUGUAGCUGUCAGGGGGACGUCCGCGUAUACUAACGAAUUUCAUCAGACACUAAACAAAAGUAUUCGUAGUCAGGCUGGCGGAUAUCUUAAGAUGAACGGCUCUCGUCUGUAAGCAGCUAAACACACAACCAUAGUGUUUCUCUGACAAUCGUCUACGUUUGACCAUCAACGGACCAAACUGGUCAGCCCCAACGCACUUGAAAGCAAACCAACCGAUUUUUGUUCUAUUUAAGGGAAGUGGGGACAUAAUAUGCCACUGAACUUCUCGAAAGUUGCGUCCUCAAAGUAAACAUAUACCGAUGUUGCCGGAUUGUACCUAGAACUUUGACUGUCCCACAAUGGCAUUCCAAUUCAUGAAAGUAUUGUAUGAUUAUUCCCGUCACGGGAUGAUCGUAUGGGGGAUUGACGGGUGUUUGAACGACUCACAAACUUAUGAGUUGUUCAGGCGACCACCAAUGCAAAUUUCUCCUUCAAUCAAAACCGGACAUAACUUUCUCGUGACAACAUUUCUUACAAAAUUCGUUUUCUGGUAAUCUUCUGGUGUGGACUGCAGAAUCUUCAAUUCUUCCGAAAAAUGCUUCCUUUGUAUAAGCUUUAUCAAGCCAAUGCUAGCUUGGCGCAUUUCGGAUACUCGGAUAGGACCCAACAUCAGCGUCUCCUGAGGUGCCUUGCCAGUUGUGACACUGACGUACUGCUUGAAACCCAGGAGCCAGACCACAGCCCUUUGCAACUUGAAAAACGCAUAACUAAUUCAUCCAAAGCAUCACAUUGAUUAAAUAAAUGAACUUGGGCUGUUAUCCUAUUGAAUUCCAAGUCUUCGGGUUGUCCUAUGGGAGGUUAUACAAGACAUUCGCCUUGAGGGUGAAUUAAAUAUUCCGAAUCGUCCAACCAUCUACGUACCCGCGCAAAGUUUCACGUACCUCGAGAAGCAAUGUCUGCUGGGUUGACGUCCUAACUCACGUAUCUACAAUAAGAGGUCGCAGACAGAUCAUUUAUAACCCUCAGUCGGUUGGCCACAAAUGUGCAGAACCUGGUUGAUUGAUUGUGUUUAUGAAAACGGACUAUUAUAGAAUCGGUCCAUAACGUUAUUGUUUGGAAGUACCUAUCGGUGCUUGAGCCGAUGAGAUCAGCCACGCGCACAGUCAGAGUAGCAGUUAUCAACUCUAAACGUGGUAUUGAUACGGCUUUGAGGGGGACAAAGCGUGCUUUCGAAUAAUCAAGUGAACUAUGUAGAUUUCCUGUGUAGUAAAUAAAGCGAGCAUAUGCUACUGCACUGUAUGCUACUUCCGAGGCAUCGCAAAACACGUGCAGUUCGACUCGUAUCGGAUCGCUGAUAUCUUUGGGCUUUAUACAUCGGCCCAACUGAAUAGUCUUCAGCCUCCGUAAAUUAAAGAUUCAGUUGUCCCAACGAGAGCUCUCGAUGCCAGAUAGCUGUUCCUCCCAAUUCAGUCCGUUUUUGCAUAAGGAUUGCAGUAACCACUUCCCAGGUAUCAGCCAAGGCGAAACAAAUCCCAGAGGGUCAUACAGUGAGGAUAAACAUAACAUACUACCCCUACGAGUAGACGGUUUUGCGGGCCUAUUGAAACUUAUCAUCAGAAUAUGGGAAUGCUUAUUCAACUGCAACCUCAAAGUUCGUUCAGUAGGUAGGGAGUUGACGGCAUUACCUCGCAUAACAGAAGAACAUUCAGUCGCACUAACGACCGAGAGUAUACGCCGGUCAUUAGAAGACCAGUUUCGAAUACGAAAGCCGCCUUUAGAGGGAAGUUUACAAAUUUCGUCCACAAAACGUUUGGCGGAAUCGACAUCACAUAACGAAAGUAGACAAUCAUUAACGUAUAUACUCUGGUGAAUCGCUCUGCAAGUUGAUGAACAGUAAGAUGAACCGAAACCUUCAACAGUUUUUUAUAACGCAAAGAUGGCACCAAAGGGCGAAGAAGUCAAUCUGAAUAGGUCAGUUGUCCACUGAAACUCAACUGGCUCUCCUUCAAGCUUGUCAUUUUCCCACCACAAAAAUUUCCUAACAGGUAUAUCAAUCGGGUCCACUUUCACUUGCAGCAACAUUUUCUCUAUAUCCCCUGUCACUGCAGUACGCUCAAGCCAGAAACCCAACAACACACUUACUAGCUUAGCGUUUAGGUCUGAUACUUGGUAUAGACUGUCAUUCAGAGACAUGCCCUGACACUUGGCAGCACAGUCAAUUACAACACGAAUUUUUUCUGGUUUUCGGGGUUUGACAAAGGGGUGGUGUGGUAAGUGUCUUGUAACUGGAAACGCUUUGUUGCGGUCAACUCGCUCGAUGCAUCCCUUCUUCAUGUACGAACGGAAUGUUUGCUCAUAUUUCCGAAGUAAUUCGGGAUCUCGGCCCAACUUGCUCUUGAGAUAGAUAAGUCGUUUACGCGCCAAUUGGAAAUUGUCCGGUAAAUUCAGCGUACUGUUGCACCAAGGGAGUGGCAGUUGGUAAUGCCCUUUUAUGCUUCUAACGGAAGAUCGCACAAUAACCAGUGCCAAUUUGUCCUCCAAUGAGUAACUCGCAGUCAUUGUUGAAGUGUCCGAAAACUCCGAGUCGUAUAGCCUCUUAAUUUAGUGCGUUACAUCCUUUUAUUGAUCUGCAAUGUAUUGACAGACAGCGCUCUGUUAAGACCUAAGCAGCAUCCAGCCCAGCAGUGUUUUUACGGCAAACGGCUCCCUUUUGCCGCCCAGACGUUGGUCGAGUACCCAAUGAGCUUUUGCGAUAUUAUUCCCAAUGAGUAUGCCAACCUCGCAAGCAGUGUGUUCGUCGAACGUUAUACCGCUCAGGUAUGGCCACGAAGAGGCUAUCCUUUUAAUUGUCGAUUAUGCACGAAGUGGCAAGUCUUCGGCAACCAAAGCCCUUUCAAUCUCCACUGAACGGUUCAAUUUAUGGACAGCAACCUUAGACUUCUGACUUCCGAGUUACAUUUGAUUGAACCGCCUAAGGUGUUUAUUGUCAAUGUUGUUGACGUUGUUAACACUCCAUUUCCGCCGAGAAGCUUUCGUUUAAUCAGAGUGACAUCCGAACUACUGUCCAAAAUGCGUAAGUUUCGACGUUUCCUGUCGGACUUGCCAACUUGACAGGAAUAACCCCCAGUCGUGAAGGUACAUGCGUAAUUCCAGUCAGGGCACAAAGCCCUUCAUCAUGUAAUAUUUGCUGAUUAUUUUCCGAGAAUAUUACAUGUAAAAGCGUAUUAUGUCGUUUUUUUGCCACCGGAAAGGCCACAAACUUCUCCGGUGCUGCACACCUUGGCAAAAUGCGCAUUACCAAGACAAAAAACACGCUUUGUCUCGCAGCAGGCAAUUCCAACGAUCAGAGACACUCAUUAAAAUUAAACAGGGGCACAUUCCCACUUCAUGUGCACUAGAACAUAUGUAACAUGGACGUUGAUCUGGUUCGACACUCGAAAUGGUAAAACUGUUAAGGUUCUGCCGUUUUCGAUAAAUAAAUAAAUAAAUAAAUUUUAAUUUAAUGCCAGUUUACAGGCAUUGUCAAGGGAAGCGAUUAAACACAAAUCCGACCAGCAGUGAAAAAAAAAACUCCUGAGCAUAAGGCAUAAAAAUAUAGUUGAUGGUGGUUUUUGUGGUUUGGAGGGCUCAGGAGAAAAAAAACUGUCGGCGGUGGUAGAAUAUCGACCGUCAAGAAGGGGGGAGGUUGCACGGUAUCGGAGAUUAUCGGACGGCAAAUUCCUUUCAUGAAGUUGGGGAUAGUCAAAGUAGAGGCGUUGAGGAACAGCUGGUGAGACCGGCCAUAGUGUUCAGAGGCCACAAACGCCAUCGCUACGGUACAGUCGAUCAGUAGAUUCAGCACCCAAAAUUUGUGGGAGCUUUUCUGAAUGCAAAAAUCGAGUAAUAGUUCUCUUAAAUAAAGGAAAAUUUUGCAGAGUUUUCACACUCAUGGGUAGUUUAUUCCAAAUAGCAAUUGCAUUUACAGAAAAGAACCGACGAUAUUUAACAGUACGUGCCAGAGGCAGAAAUAAGAAGACCUCACGGUGACUGUUACGUCGUGGGUGGAUAUGAUGUCUUAAAGAGGUGAGUGGGUUAAAUGUGUGAUUAUAUAAGAGUUUAAAUAGCAACAAUAGUCCCUUUUGUAAUCUACGGAACCAUAAAGGAUCGAGGCCUGUAAGCCGGCAACGUUCUUGGUAAGGCAAAUGUCGGUGUUCUGGGGUUAAAAUUCUCUUAGUAAAAAAGUGUUGAACGGAUUCAAUUUUCUUCCGCUCAGUAGCACGCAUGAGGCUAAAUGAAAACGAACAGUAUUCCAGACCAGGUCUAACGUACAUGUUGAAAAGGCGCAUUCUAAUGUCCCUAGUUUUAAAAUUUCGGAGGAUAAACCCGGUCGUUCUACGUGCUUUGGAGACUAUCAAGGCACAGUGCUCCGAGAGAUUAAGACUCUUGGAGUAUGAUACGCCCAAAUCCUUUAUAACCCCUGGCACAUUUAUUGCGUGACCUUCAAUACUUAGUUGAGGAUGACGGUCGUCGCCAACCACCAUGACUGAGCACUUAUGCCAGGAAAGAGAAAGGCGCCAUGUGCGGCACCACUGGGCGAAAGCCUGUAGAUCGCUCUUUAGGAGCUCAAGCAUGAUGCCAUGAUCUGCCGGCUUAUAUCGAUAUGCAACUUUAAGAUCAUCGGCAUACAUGUUGCGCUGUGGCAAUAAAGGGAUGUUGAGAGCGCGUGCUAUCCCCGACUCGAGAUAUUUGUACGAAACGGCAUCUUGAUGUCCAAGCACGAGUAUUUACGAAUUCCGUAAGGUCUGCAAAAUACGGAUCUCUAUCAUUCAUAGAUAAUUUGUCAGCAACUUCAUUCCAUUGAAUUUGCAUAAAAAACGGUAAACAGUGCACUAUUCGCUCUAGGACAUUCAGCGAUUUUUGAUCCGAAACGUUGUUCAUUUGCGAGAGCGCUAUUUCACAACUUCUUAUUUUCACGCACAAAUCGGAAAGUGCCUUUGCAGUCUGCUUAACAUGGCGUCCAAAAGGGCAUUAACCACCCCAUGUACCUGGCCAAAUAAGCUGCCCAAUAUUUCCCGUUCUUUUGAAUAAGCCAAAGGUAAGGGAAGCAUGACGCACUCUUCUAUGGCUGCUCUCGCUUCACCUCUGCAAUAGUGAAUCAUGUACAGCAUCCUCUGUCCAGCAUCUUCAACUUUGCUUUCUACGUACACUUCAAACUCUCGUAUAAACUUCUAAUAAUGAACUGGAUUCCUGUCAAACCAGUACAACUUAACCUUGGGCAGUUAUAAACUGACAACUUGCAGGCUCCUAGCGCUUGCUUUGGGUAUAUCAGCAUUCUCGCGUUGGCAAGGAUCGCUCUCUUCAAGAGAAAUUUCAUCCAAUGUGCAUUGUUUCAAAUAUCCCGAGACCUGCGCGACGGAAUCCAUGGGUUAAAGGUCGUCAUUGGACAUCUCUUCAUCGGUCUCUACCUCUAUCCUUGAAAGGUCUGUUCAUCUCUCGGCAUCAAAAAUAGCACGUUGGAGAUCCACCUCACGUUUUACUCGCAUCUCUUCCAUUCCGGCUAUUUUUAAGGCUUUAACUGUUUUAUUGGAACUACGACUACUAAUAGAAACGUCUUACAAGAGUCGAACUGGACGACUUUCUUCAGCUCUCCUUGUCCUUCGAAGGCGCCCGGUUUGUCUAGUCCGAGAGACUGUUCCAUACCGCCCGAUUCAUUCUUCAUGAUACGCGUCUGCAUUUGAUGAAAUUAAUUUCCUCCAGUUUAUGGUAUGCUGUAAAAUACUGUAGAGUUCCUCGUCAGACAAGUGAAGCGUAUAAACCAAAACAGAUUUCGCUGUAUAUACGGUAAUAUUGAUAGAAUAAGAUAAUAAUGAAGAACAAACAAACUUCAACAAUGGAUACCCGAGACAAAGGAUUCCUUUGUUACUGUUCGAGCAAAUCGAAUUCCCAGCUCAAGGUCAGGAUACAAAACUUGUUAAUUAAAAGAACGCCGAUCACUUUAAAAAAGGGUUACAAAAAGGGGGAUGGGGAAUGUCAACAGGGGCCAAAUGUGGCAGCAAUUAAGAGGAGGGCGUAGAGAAUCCCAAGCGUUGACCAGCUGGAUACAACACGGACAAUACAUACGUUCGUUAGGGGCUUACUAAUACCCUCUGAAGGUGCCUGUGAUCCCUUGCGUUCAUCUGACUGGAACUGCUGCAACAACCGGAGCGACGUCUUGAUAAUAUAAGGUUGCCUUUCCCCUACGAUAUAAAUAGUCGCAAAAUCCCUAGGAAGCAAGUGACUCUAAAUUCACUUGUGGUAUUCACGUUUUCCGCGUAUUCCGUACCUAGAAUUCGCUAAGUCAUGAAAAAUCUCGACUAGUAGUCAUAACGAAGCUCCUAUUUAUAUAACCACGACAAUUUUGAUGACGAUGGUUUGCGCCAGGCCCACAAUUAGAGUAUACUUUGGAAUAUCAAGAUCUACUGGUGAGACAAUUGAUUCUUCUUCUGCUUAUCGAUAAGACUCGGAAGCUCAAGGGCGAACGCCUCCUCCCCUUAAUUAACUGACCUAAUUUAAAUACAUACUCAAUAUAGGCAUUUGCCGUUCUGAUAAGUAACUCGAAACAAGGAACGACUUUGGGUAACCGUCGAUUCCGGUUUCUGUAGCGAUCACGUAGUAUACUCUCACGUUCCGCUUGAUGCGUCUGGAUGUGAGUUCUUGAAGUUCCAUGAAUGGUUAUGUACCGCUAACCCCGAAAAUACCACAAUCUAAACUUCAGUCUCUAACUUUUAUAAAUCAUUUUUGCAAAUGCUGGUAAUAAUUUGUCUCGGAAUUCUGGUCUUCAGCUGAAAAUGAACUGUGAAUUUGUGCUUUAUUCUCUAAGCAAAUACCCAAAACGAAUGAAGUCGAAGCGAAUGAGUUUGGUUUUGGUUUUUACCUGUUCAGAAGGGACUGAUGGUGCCCGAGAGGUGCUCCAGUAACAUAAUCCUAUUCUGUUGUAUAUGGUGCUUCGCUGUUUUGCACGGCCAUUACGCUUUUUCGUUACUAUCGAUAAGUAGGCGAAAGCGAUAUAAAAGGGCGAAACUGCAACCCCAACACUAAGACUGCUACGAGAAUUAUGGUCUGACUGUCAUAACUACCGUGGCUGUCAAAUUAACGAAGGAAGUAAUAAUGAACUAGAAAACAGCGCUGGCUUACGUAUAACAGAAAUCAUGGAUUUUGGCCUGUGUGGGCUGUGUUGGCACCCACACAAUGCGCACGCAACCGACCCGGGCCAUAAGUUCUCUCCAAAGGAUCAAAUUUACCGAUGCCAUGUUAACGCAUGUCUACGAUUUUUUACAGGAAUGUCAUUUAUUAAGAAAAACAACUUGUUUUACAGUAAAAGGGACACACAGACACUAGAUAUUGUCAAGUCUGCCAAUAAAGUUGACACAUAGGUAGCCAAAGACCCCUCUCGUCCCAACGUGUUAGGGGGGCAAGUGUUGUAGAGACAAUAAAAACUACUGUAAACUAUGGUCUUGAAGCAAUAUUGUUCAAUAUCACAACAAUUUCCAACUUGCUCACCUUUUGCUGUUACGCUAACCGAUUUUUAUAAGGCGUAAAAAAACUUCGGCCUUCGUUUGACUUAGUAACUUUGAUCAACUCACGGAGGUAAACCGCCUUUUAUUCGUCCUUGUCGAGAAUAUAAACGCGGUAAUAUGAAAACGGUUCGUGAGCUUCCAAUUCAGGAAAAAGGAUGCUGAGGGAGAAAUGGAUAACCUUAUUCGCCACAUUCGUGACUAUUGUUGAGUGCUUUUGUCAAGACGAGAUCGGUAAGCAAGCAAGAACUUCAAAGUUACUGCGUUCUAACAUAAAUACCUAAAAGUAGAAUGUCAAUCAUGAUUGAUAUAUAUAAACAUAUAUGCAUAAAUACAUAUAUAUGCAUAUCAGUUGAAAUUGGUAAUAUAAAAUGCACGUACAUGCAGAUACAGUAGAAUAUAAUACAAACGUAUUUAAUGUAAGCGAAGAAUUGCUUUUAAGUUUUAAAGCCGUACAGAUCAGAAAACCUGAUAAAAUUGCGCACUGGUUGUUCUCGAAAUGUCGAACGUUUGGCUCAAAAUGAGCUCGAUUUCCAAUUAGUACAUCAGUCAUUAAUGCGCCUUUGCAGCAUUUCGAUUUUAUUGCUGGACUUCGAAAUAGGUAAUAAGGAGCUCUAAACAGUAGGUAGGCCAUGUUGGGUGAUGCUGUCUAAAAAGUAAGAAACGCACAAAAUUAUAGCAAUUGCUUGAAUGAUUUAUACAUGAUUAUAAAUAUGGAUUCUAUCAACACUCCAGUACAUGCUUACUAUCGGUGUCGUCGGCACCAGAUUAAGCCGAAAGAAGCAAAUAUUCUAUUAAAUACAGUCACUAGAAUGGCGAAAUCAAUGACAAUGGCUGCAAUGUGGAAAACAUGGAUAGUCGCGCGUGGGCACUUUAUUACAUGCAGCGAUAUUCUCCAAAAAUAUUCUCAAAUGAUAAAGUUUCUUUGCAUCCAACACUUUGUUUACUAAUGUUCAAUCGAUUCUCCUUUUAGUGAGGGAUUUUCAGAUCGUUACCAAUGGACCAACUGAACUGAAGUUGACGUGGACAUCGCAAUUGUUGCCCGAUCCUAACAGGGAACUUAGGGUCAUGGUGAAUGACCUCCUCAAUGAUGACUGCAAACACCCCCUUGAUAAGACACCGGCCGAGUGCAUAAUUGACAACUUGGUGCCAAACACGGAGUAUACGGUAGAGGUAAAGAACUGUCAUUUGGCGGCAACGGAUGUGAAGCAGUGUGUUCAGGCCUCUGAAUUAAAGACGUCUUACACAAAACCCAAAGGUAGGCAGGCCAUUGUUAUACGCAACUGCAUAUUGCUAUUUAUUUCAAAUCAAUAGUUUGUCAGAUGUCAUAAGCAAAUGAGCAGUGCAGGCAGGAAGACAAAAGAUACAUUUUACUAUGUGUCAUUCUAAAAUUUAACGUUAGGAAUCACCGCAUGCCUAUGUAAGUUGAAUAUUUAAGAUUGUUCAUUAGAGCGAUUUAUUUAGUUGCCCACCAUUCGCUGUUUAAUUACAUGCAGAAUAUUUUUUAAAAUAUACCUGCGGGCAGUUUGCAGGAAAUGCCAGCUGAAAGAAUUAAAGACAGAUUUUGCAUGUUUUGAUUUCAGCGCCUGACACAUUCACAACGGAAUCAAUUGGCAAUGACUUUAUUGAAGUCUCCUGGGAAACUCCCAAGCAGAAUUUUGAAUGGCUUACGGUGUAUGUAGUGGUGUGGAAUGGAAGUUCUGCGCAAUACGCGUACACCGAUGCUUAUGCGGGAAAAGCCACCGUUAUUGUAAAAAAUGUGAAUGCAGAGACACCGUACAACGUGGCCCUGGUGAUUGCUAAUGAACGGACUAAUUUAUCUGACACUUGUCAGCACACGCCCGUGGUUGAGACGCGACCAAACUGUAAGUUUUCAUAUCGUGUAAAGAAAACUACAUGUCGGUUGCCUACAGUCUACAAACCAUAUUUUAAAUGGGGGGACAGCUGAUCUUUAUCAAUUGUUUUUUAUAAGGAAUGUUUGUCAUGAAUCAAUAUCACAUGUAGAUGCUUUAGUGACGUCUGCGAGUGUAAAAUCGGGCUGGCGGCAAAUUUUAUUUGGAAUCUGUAUGCAGUAGUCUAAGUUGUAAUAUGGUGUAUAAAGUAUCUUCACGCUAAUAAGUCAAUUAAUAGUUUUGUGUGGUGGAACGUUCGUUCGCACUUGCAGCAUUACUCACCGGAUAAGACUGGCUAAAUAUGUGUACAGAAUAUGAACUAGUGUACCUGCAUUCAUAAGACUUCUUCAUGGCAAGCAAUUUGCACUGUUCAAGCGGAUGUCGAAGUAGAUUUCUUAUUUUUACCGUACAUCUAUCAACUUAUUCCUGUAGUUACGCCCAAUUGUUUCAUUAACUAAGCGUGACAUCAUAAAAUGUGCCAUCUAGGACUAAUAAAAACGUUCUAUACUAUUCCACGGCGACUACUGAAUGCUCGCGGAUCAUAGUACGAAUUUAUGAUUUAAAUUGACGUUUGGAAUCAAAAAUAUAACAUUAGGUUAAGCGAAUGCAAACUGAAACUUUCGAUCAAGUGGAUGCUCCCAAGGGCAGGCAAAAAAUCCAUUGUCUUCAACGGGGACGCUUCCAUAUGAAUAAUUUAUGUAAAGCAUCUACCUACAUAGUACAUGGAUUUGCACAAACUCGACCGCUGGGAGGAUAGCUUAUUAUGUUUUUCUUAUGUUUGAUUGAAGACCCCGUUAAGCCUUUGACAAGGUGGUACAGGUAGCAAUGAAACGGGCUUUGAAAUGCCACCGCUAUCUUUCAAACAGAUUAAAUUAGAUUAAAUUAAAUAUCUAUUCUGGCCCCGCCGAAUUAGCGGAUUCUACGAUAAAUAAAGAUACAGAAUGCGUCAUGCAAAGGGCUUGGUAUUCCCAGCUUAAUGAUACGAGGGAGCAGUCAGUGUGAACAUAAAUAUAAAACGCAAUUUGAGGAAUUUUUUUUCCAGUUAGCCCCCGACAUCUAUAUCUUUUGCAGUGGUCGCAUGAAUGUGAUGUAGGUUUUUCUAUGUACGGCGCUGUAUCUUAAUCUUUUGCAGUGCCCGAUCAAAUUCAUCUGUAAUGACGCACCUGCGAAUGAUCGUAAAUUGUCUUAUGACUGCUGAGAUGUGCUUUGCUAUUCUUCGGCAGGUCGUCCUCUGAAUUGCACUUUGCCGCGUGAGCUGACAUUUAUAUUUGCUGUUUCGAGAAAUCGUCGCAGCAAUUUAUGGCUGUACGACAGAUGGCUUAGGGAGUCUGCGAGAAAGCAGAUUCUGUGAACGGAUACCGCGGUUGAGCAUCACAAAUGCGAUCUUAAGCGAUGAAAGAUGUAGACGUCAGUUCAGGCAGCAAAUGAGGAGAAGGGUAGUUUGUAAGCCAAAACGUGUCUCCCUGUUGUGUGUCCGGGUUUGGGACCCCAUCAAACCUUACGUUAUCAUUACGCUUGAAGGUUAAUUACCUGUCGAUUACUUACGGUUUACAAAUCAUAUUUUUAGUGGGUGGACCCCUAAUGUAAAUAUAUUUGUUUGAAGGAGAAUGUUUGACAUGGAUCAAUAUCAAAAGUUGAUGUUUUCGUGACGUCUACCAGUGUAAUAUCGGGCUGGCCGCAAAUGUUAUUUGGAAUCUGAAUGCAGUAAAGCUAAGUUGUAAAAUGGUGUAUUAAGUACCUUUAAGUAAAUAGGUCAAAUAAUCGUUUGCUGCAGUGGAACGUUUGUUCGCAAACACUGCAUUAAUCGCUGGCUCAGUGCUUAAGCCGACGUCAGACACUGGCUAAAUGUAUGUGUACAGAAUACGAACGGAUGUGUAAUGCAUUCAUAAGACUUCUAGAUUGCAAGCGAAUUAGACCGUUCAAGCGGACCUCACAGUAUAUUUCGCAUUUUUGUGGAACAACCAUCAACUAAUUCCUGUGGUUACACCCGAUUUCUUUCAAUAAGCAAUGGUGACAUCAUAAAAGGCAGCAACCAGGCUUACUAAAAAUGUUCUAUACUGCCGCUGGGCAAAUGAAGGAGGAACUACAGAAAUGCUUGCAGAUCAUACCACACAGCUGUGGUUUAUACCGAUUUUUAGAAUCAAAAAUAAAAAAAACUUAGUCAAAUGAAAAUAUAACCACACUUUUCAUCAACUGGAUGCUUCCAAGCACGAGCAAAAAGACCUCUUAUAGUUAACGUGGACGCCUUCAUUUGAAUAAUUUAAGUGAAGCAAGCAGCUACUGAAUACAUAGAUUUGUAUAAAGUCAACUGUUAUGAAGUAUGAAGCGACAACAUGCCAGGCUUUUCCAUUAUCGUAUAUGAACUUUGCAUCCAAAACUCUGUUUACUAACGGUCACCUCAUUCGUCUUUUAGUAAAGGACUUUCAGGUCGUUAACAAUGGACCAACUGAACUGAAGUUGACGUGGACAUCGCAAUUGUUGCCCGAUCCUAACAGGGAACUAAGGGUCAUGGUGAAUGACGACCUCAAUGCUGACUGCAAACACCCCCUUGAUGAGACACCGGUCGAGUGCAUAAUUGACAACUUGGUGCCAAACACGGAGUAUGCGUUAGAGAUAAAGAACUGUCCUUUGGCGGAAACAGAUGCGACGCAGUGUGGGCUGGCCUCCGAAUCAAAGAAGUCUUUUACAAGUCCCAAAGGUAGGCUUGCCAUUGUUAUACCAAACUGCAUCUUGGCAUUUAUUUUAGGUCAAUAAAUUGCUAAAUGUUAUAAGCAACUGAGAAGUGUAGGUAGAAAGAUAUAUGAUAAAUUAUGCUGUGUGCUUUUUUAGAUUUGACCUGAAGAAACAUCCUAUGUAUCUGUUAAAGAGCAGACAUUGCUUACUAGGCGAAUUAAAAUGUUUGUUCACUAGCUCGCUGUUUAAUAAAAAACAGAAUAUUUUACAAAAUAUAGCUCCAAACAGUUUGCAGGAAACGCCCGCUGAUAAAAUUACAAACUAAUCUGACCUGUUUUAAUUUCAGCGCCUGACACAUUUAAGAUCGAAUCAAUCAGCAAUGACUCGAUUGUAGUCUCCUGGGACACUCCGCAUCAGACUUCUGAAGGGCUUUCGGCAUAUGCAGUUGUGUGGAAUGGUAAUUCUGUGCAGGACGUGUCCCCCGAUGACAAUGAGCGGAAAGCCAACGUUGUUGUGAACCAUUUGAAUGCGACGACGCUGUACAACGUGACCGUCGUGGCUGCGAAUGAACGAACCAAUUUAUCUGACACGUGUCCGCAGGUGUCCGUGGUCGAGAGCCCACCAAACCGUACGUUAUCAUCUCGUUUGACAGAGAACUACUUGAAAAUUGCUUACGGUCUGCAAACUAUAUUAUUCACGGGUGAACCGCAAAUUAAUAAAGAUUGGUUUUUAUGAAGACUGUUUGACAUAAAUCAAUAUCAAACGUAGAUGAUCUGAUGUCGUCUGCCUGUGAACACCAGGGCCGGAAGCAAAUUUUAUUUGUAACAUGGUGUAUCAAAUAUCUUCAGGUCAAUAAGUCGUUUAAUAAGGUUGUGUUGUGGAACACUUGUUCGCACGUACGGCAAGAAAAGCCGGCUUAGUGCCGUAGCCGGAUUUUUAGAAUGUCUAAAAUGUAGGUAGAAAAUAUAAACUUAUGUGACUGCAUUCACAAGACUUAGCGUUUGCCAACGAUUUACACUGUUCAAGCAGACAUCCGUAUACAAACAACUAAUUCCUGUAGUAACUACUAAUUGUUUCAUAACAUAAGUUUGAUAUCAUAAAAGACACCAAAACAGGUUAGUAAAAUUUUGCUCUACGAUCGUCGUGACAAUUGCGGAAGCGACAACCGAGUAGCCCAAAAACCAUACCGCACAGUCGGAGUAUACAUCGUGUUUGAGAACAAAAAAUAUAUUUUAUGGUCAAGUUCGACUGCAAUGAGGAAUGCAGCGACAUUGUAUCAUGCAUUUCUUUUACUGCAAAAUAUCUUUGUAUACAAAAAUUUGUAUAUUAAAAUCCAAUUAAAUCUCCUUUUAGUGAGAGACUUUCAGAUCGUUAACAAUGGACCAACUGAACUGCAGUUAACGUGGACAUCGCAUAUGACGCCCGAUCCUACCAGGGAACUAAGGAUCAUGGUGAAUGACGUUCUCAAUCCUGACAUCAUAAGGCGCCUUGAAGAGACACCGGCCAGCUGCGCAAUAGGCGACUUGGAGCCAAACACGGAGUAUACGAUAGAGGUAAAGAACUGUCCAUUGGCAGCAACGGAUGCGAAACAGUGUUUGCAGGCCUCUGAAUCAAAGAAGACUUUCACAAAUCCCAAAGGUAGGCAGUCCAUUAAUAUGCCCAACUGCAUCUUGGCAUUUAGUUCAGAUCGAUAGAUUGUCAAAUGUUAUAAGCAACUGAGCAGUUUAAACAGGAAGAUAUGUGAUCAAAUUUACUUAGUAUUUUUUAGGUUUAACGUGAUGAAUCACCAAAUGUGUCUGUUAAAGAGCGGAGAUUGCUAACCAGGUCAAUUAAUUUGUUUGCUCACCAUCCACUUCUUAAUCACAUGCAGAAUAUUUCACAAAAUAUAGUUGCGGAGAAUUCGCAGAAAAUACCCGUUGAUAGAAUUGGAGUCUAAUCUGACCUGUUUUAAUUUCAGCGCCUGACACAUUUACAGCCAAAGCAGUUAGCAAUGACUCCAUUGAAGUCUCGUGGGAAACUCCCAAUCAGAAUUAUGAAGGUCUGUUGGUGUAUGCAGUGGUGUGGAAUGGUAAUUUUGUGCAGCACGCGUCUGUCGAGGCUAAUGCGGCGAGGAUCACCGUUAUUGUGAACCAUUUGAAUCCGACGACGUUGUACAACGUGACCGUGGUGAUUUCGAAUGAACGGACGAAUUUAUCUGACACUUGUCGGCAGGUGUCCGAGGUUGAGACGCCACCAAUCUGUGAGUUUACAUCCUGUGUGAAUAAAACUACCUGUCAGUUGCCUAUGGUCUACAAACUAUAUUUUUAAUGGUCGGACCGCUAAUAUAUAUGAAUUGUUUUUAUGAGGAAAGUUUGUCAUGAAUCAAUAUCACACAAUGAUGCUUUGGUGUCGUCUGCCAGUGUAACAUCGCGCUGGCGGCAAAUGUUAUUUGGAAUCUGAAUGCAGUAGUCUAAGCUGUAAAAUGGCGUAUUAACUAUCCUCACGCCAAUAAGUCAAAUAAUAGUUUUUGUGUAGUGGAACCUUUUUUGGACAUUGAGCAAUUAUUGCGGGCUCACUGUCUUAGCCAUCUCCUUGGACUGGCCAAAAGUGUGUACAGGAUAUGAACUAAUGUGACCGCACAUUUAAAGGGCACCUUGAUUGCAGGAGAUGUACAAUGUUCAAGCCGACCUCGUGGCAAAUUUUGUAUUUUUGCCGCAUAACCAUCAACUAAUUCCUGUAGUUACGCUUGAUUGUUUCACUAACGAAGUGUGACAUCAUUCAGGGCGCCAACCGGGGUUUAUGAAAAUGUUCUAUACUAUCUCCGAGACAAAUGAAUGAGCAAUUACCGAGUUGCUCACAGAUCAUACCACACAGUUUUUAUCUACACUGAUGUUUAGAACCGCAGUUAUAACUGAAUGUGAUGUGGAAGCUAGAUGACACGUUUGAUCAACUGGAUGCUUGCAAGAACAGAAAAAAUGACCUCUUUUCGUGAACUGGGUGCGCUUGUUCAUGAAUAAUUUAAUUGAAUCUUCUAGCUACUUAGUACAUGCAUGUGCAUAAUUUUGAUUGUUUUUUGGAAUGAAGCGACAUUGUCCCAUGCAUUUCUAAUAUUAUGAAUUAACAUGAUAUCGAACAGAUUGUAUAGUAACGUUCACCUGAUUCUCUUUUUAGUGAGGGAAUUUCAGUUCGUUAACAUCGGACCAACUGAACUGAAGUUGAUUUGGACAUCGCAUUUAUUACCCGAUCCUGACAGGGAACUAAGGGUCAUGGUGAAUGACGUUCUCAAUCCUGACUGCAGACAGCCCCUUGAUAAGACACCGGCCGAGUGCAUAUUAAGCAGCCUGGUGCCAAACACGGAGUAUGCGCUAGAAGUGAAGAACUGUCCUUUGGAGGUAAAGGAUGCGAAGCAGUGUGUUCAGGCCUCUGAAUCGAAGACGUCUUUCACAAAUCCCAAAGGUCGGCAUUCCUUUGUUAUACUUAACGUCAUCUUGGCAUUUAUUUCGGAUUAAUAGAUUGUCAGAUGUUAUAGGCGAGUGUGUAUUUUAGGCAGGAAUAUAUUAGAUGCAUUGUAGUAAAUGUUGUUUUAGAUUUAACGUGAGAAAACACCGUACGUGUCUAUGAGAUAUCGGAGAUUGCUCACCAGGACAAUUUGUUUGCUUGCUAUUCAAUGUUUAAUCACAUGCAAAAUUUCUUACAAUAUAUAACUUCGGGCAAUUUUUAGGAAAUGCCCGUUGAUAUAAUUGAAGACGUACUUUACAUGUUUUGAUUUCAGCGCCUGACACAUUUGAAAUCGAAUCCAUCACCAGUGACUCCAUUGAAGUCUCGUGUGAAACUCCCAAUCAGAAUUUGGAAGGGCUGUCGGUGUAUGCAGUGGUUUGGAAUGGUUAUUCUGUGCAGCACGCGUCCAUCAAUGCCAAUGAGCCGAAAUCAACUGUUAUUGUGAAAAAUUUGAAUGCGAUGACGCUGUACAACGUGACUAUUGUGACUGCGAAUAAACGGUCGAAUUUAUAUGACCAGUGUCUAAAGGUGUCCCAGCUUGAAACCUCACCAAACCGUAGGUUGACCUUUCCUGAUCUUACCUAUCUGAUGUUUUCCUGUGUCCUUCAUUUUUGCCUUGUUAACGCAUCUAUAUUUAAUUUGUCGCGGAGCCUAUUGUCAUCCAACACAUUUUAUGACAAUCUUUAUACAGCUGUGAAACGCAAGUUGGAGUUUUUGUUAAAUGAUACUAAAUGUGCUGGCCGAUCUUCCUUAGAAUACUGAAUUGGAACUCUCAGCAAGACUGCUUUCCGCAUUUGUUAUUGAAUGAUAUUAUAAGUUAUUUCGGAAUGCAAAAUUUUCUUAAUUGGUAUUAAUUGCAAUAGGGCUUCCAUAGCAUAUCGUCAAAUUAACUUGGACAUGUAAUUUUAUCCGUGAAUAGAAUACGGCGUGCGAAUAGCACACGUAGCCUAUAAAUUGAUUUCUUUUGUCGACUGAUAUUCGUGUCACUCUUUUACAUUCUCUGUGGUGUAAUUAUUGAUUAGUCAUUUUUCGGUUAAUUGUUGUUGCUGACAGAUGAUAUGAUGGCAUAUCGAACGAGCUUGGAACGACCUUUAUAUUUUCAAAUAUCCAUCCCAGAUUCUGCAGUUAGCAGGCAAUAUUUUGGCCUGACGCAUUUCGAACUUUUCGUACGCAAUAUGAGGCGAUCCGUAUCAUCAAACUGGCAUGUAAGUGAUGUGAUGCUUACUGAUUCACAGAUGCGAGAAACUUUAGGUAGGAGGAUUUUUGGCAAUAUUAAUGUUACUACAUCAUGCUCACUGGAAUCGCCUUACACUACGUCAAUUCAUGUGCCUGUUGUGUGAUCUGCUGUAAUUUGUAAAAUGUCGGGAGUUCAUGUGUUUGCGCAUUCCUGCCAUUCCUAAACGAGCUCGACGCCAACAGAAUAAUCGCAACUGUCAGAGCAUACUGUUGAGUGCUCACACUCCAAUGCAUACUAAUGUAACCAUAAGGAUAUAAAUCCCAAAUAUCCCAAUUAGUAGUAGUUGUAGAAUCACAUGUGUUGAUGUUAGUAAUAGCACUCUAAAGGGAAGUGCUUACAAUGCUGAUGCAUGCUAAUGUCUUUAAAAGUGAGUUCGCUUGACAUUUAAAUUAUAAUUGUGAAUGGUCUAUCAGACAGUCUGCUUAUAGACCGUAUUAAACGUAUGUUAAUGCAGUUUUUUGUUUUGAACACUCUAAACUACAGAACAGAUAUUUCGCCCAUCGCUCACGUACCUUUUAAAUAAAAGCAGUCGGCAGCAUGCACUGUGUCCAGUUUCAGGAUGUGCGCAUUUACAACUUAAUGGUGGAAAUGUUGUUGGCUCUAAAGUGAGUUACGGAGCGUUGGACAGUUUUAGUAUUUGCGCAUUCCUUUAUUUCUCCGAUGAGUUCAGCCAUGAAUCAACACCAACUACACUGACAUUACAGUCGCAAGCUCAAGAUUAUUCAGUUUAAUGCACACAUUGACAGGUUUACUGAUUUGGUUGGCAUUAACCGAAAUUUGAUCUGCAGCAGCAGCAGCAGCAGCCCAGAAGCUGCAGUAUUAUGAAUAGGAAGAAAUUGGCAUGCGUUGUUGGUAGUAGUUGUGUUCUGUAAUGAAAUUCCUGCGAUGCCAGUAUGGACAAAUGUCUAUGCCAGUGAUUUUCGAAGACCUUUUAUCUUCAAGUCCAGACAAUCUGCUUAUGGUCAGUGUGUAUCGUAAAUGAGGAAAUUUUUGACACAAAUAUGGCACCCGGAUUGACAACUUGUAUGAAAGAUACAAUGACGAGUGAUUCUUAAAUCGAUACGUCGACAAUUGUACAUGCGUCUGAUCUGCGUGGUCUGUCAGACGUCGUGAGCUUUUGCGCUUUUCGUAUUGCUUCAUUUCCUAGACGAUGUCAGCGAGGAGUGGUCACCAAGCACGCCAACAGUUAAUCACAUUUGUCUGGUGGUUUUACCGAGAACGGUUUCGGGUGAAAUCAAAAUGCAAGCACGUUUACGAGUAAAAUUAACAGCUGCAUCAGUGGACGUGGGGACAUAAACGACUGCAUCAGUCAUAGAAGUGAAUAUAAUGAGCUAGGUAGUACUUAUAACGGUAUUGUCAAAAGUGCUGGUAUUCGCAGUUGUUGUAGUAAUACUGCGUUCCGUAAAAUACUUCACAGUCAGCAGUGCAUUAAUGACAGAGACGAGGUAGAAUUCAGUGGCCAUUUCUGUGUCACCAUCCAUCAUCAGCCAACUAAGCCCAAUCGCAUUUUGCAGCUCUUGAGGUUGGAAUACGUAUUUUUGCUUUUAAACUUCUCACGCCCUAACCACUGAACCACGGCUAAUUGUCCUGUCGGUUGUAAUCAGUAGAGGGGUGCUGGCCGAUCGUGUAAGGGGGUACACACUUCGGAUGAUGCCCUGGGGCUCGUAGUGGAGCCUACACUACUAGCGGCUAUGUGGCUGCAUGCAAUGCACUAUAUUGAACCCCUAAGUACAACGAGGGUGAUAAUGUCUACCCAACAUUUACAGUGUUUAUCUGCAAUAGAAGUGAAAGCUGUGGAAUUUGAGCUGUUUGGUAUUAGUUGCCGCACGGGCAUUAUUUUGUGGACAACAUAUAGUAACUUAGGAAAACGUUUCUUCCCUCCUCGUCGUCCUCCUCCUCCUCCUCCUCCUCCUCCUUCUCCUCCUCCUCUUUUUCGUCCUCAUCCUCUUCUUCUUUUUCUUCCUCCUCCUCCUCCUCCACGUCUUUAUCCCUCAACCACGCGACUUUAGUCGCUCUAUAAUCACGAUCUAAAUUAGGUGCACUCUAGUACCGCAAGACAAUAUACCUGUUUAUGCUGAUUUAAUGGUGCUUUUCUCAUUAUGACCAUUUUGCACGUAUCUUGCGCUACAAAGUCAAGCGCGUAAUGUUGCAUUGCAGUUGUUCGAAAUCCCAACUUACACUGCACUUAUUCAGGUCAAAUUCUAUAUGAAUCCUGAGUCAGAGCAAUUUCGGAGUUUUAACCGCCUGAACACUGAGCAGCUGUAGAAUGGACUCAGUUACUGAUGGGAAACCCGGUGCUAUGUCAUCUUGUUUAGCCGUCGUUGAGAUUUAUGACCUGGGGCAUUUUUGAGACUUUCGUCGUGUUUCAUUUCCAGGACGAGGCCAAUGAGGCAUUGAGAGGAACUGCGCCAAUACAAGAGUCGCAUUUGCCGAGUAGUUCAUGUGAGAUCACUAAAAGAAAGUUAUUUCAUUCCGCGAGUGCAGGCGGCAGCAGCAGCAACAACAACAGAAGCAUCAUUUGUUGUGUUCUAGUUGGUCUUAUUGGUAGAAGAUUUCGCGUAAAAUGCUUCCGAAUCUGGCAGUCAUUAGAAGACUGCUUCAUCAAAUGCGGUCGCGCAUUGCGGAAUUUGAGCAAGUUGGUAGAAAUUUAAACUGGAAGCCCACCAUCUAUUACCGUCAGGCCCCAGCGUGGUUGCUUGUGACAAUAAGUAGAACCAGUGAUUUUGUGUGUGUGUGCUUUGGCUUGUUCGAUUUGCUCCGCGAAGAUAAUAUCAUCGUUGCGCAUGGGGAACAAUAAUAUGCAUUAAGAGUUCACGCAGGAUAAAAUUAGGAAUGGUUGUGGUAAGGGAGGUGCAGUUGUCGGGUAGAUGGUGGGAUGAUAUUGAAAACAAAAGUUAGUCGGUUGAACAGUUCUCCUUCCCAUUCAUCCUCCCUAGUAGUUCCAUUUUCCUCCACUUCCUAAUACGUUCGGUCCCACCACGACAAGUUAGUGACUCGAUCGAAUUGCAUGUUAUUCACGGGCUCUUAUACAAUACAUUCAAUGACUGCGCAUGCUCAGGUAAGGUGUUGCCAUUAUGGGAAUGACCAUUAAAUGAUGUGUCAAUAGCGUUAUCUUCAAAGGAAUAUCGCUGCAGUUCUUUGGUCCAAAAUUCUUAAGAAAUUAUUAAUUUGAAGGCAUGAAUUCCGCAAAAUACUUCGGCAGGAACAAUAAAGUAAUAUUAAUUGAGCCAAACGCUGCUGAUAAACGGAGGCUGGGACAGUUGCUCCUCCUCCUUCAUCUCCUGCAUGCCGAUUUGCUCUCAAGAAAACCACGCGUAACUGGUUACUCAACACAUUCCAAAGUGCAUUCAAUGACAUUGGAGACUGGAAUGGUUAUUUCCGGCUUAUUAGCCGUCAUCGGCCAAUUAUACUCAACCUCGAGGUGUGGAACACCUGGGGCUCGGACUCGCGGCCUGUUGGUUAGAAGUCCACCGUCUCUAACCACUGAACUACGGGGUAGAGUCAUUGUACUUCUAACCGACAUGCCGCUUUUUCAAGCCCCAAGUGGUCUAGACUUCGGGGUUGUGUAUGACUGGCUGACGAAGACUACUAAGCCAGAAAUUGCCACUCCAGUCUCCUUUGUCCUUGUGGGUAUUAACAUGCUGUCUAUAUCAUGCGCCGCUGGCGACUGUUUGUUAUAUUCGAGGGAGGAUCCUGGCGAACAGCGGAACGAAUAAGUUCGAUAAAAAUGAUCGGCGAGCGUCCCUCUACCACUUCUAUGUGAUCCUGUGUUGCGAUAUUAAAGGCAAAUCAGGGAAAUGUCAUCAGGCAUUUAGUUCGAUGCAAGAAAGUUAAUAUGUUGCGGAGCCGAUUCUUUACUUUGCGUUCGCGUUUGAAGGCUAUUGGUUUAUAAACCACUUGCGGUCUCACUUUUUAGGUAACUCUGUAAAAUUAUACUUCCAUUUCCUAAUAUAUUCAUUUGUUCGCGGCAUGUCCCAUUUGUUUUUCGAUGAUUUCUCUCUUUUCGAUUCAAUUUGCUUUUUAUUGAAUGAUUAGCAAGAAUUUUUAGUUUUUAUGUGGGUUUUAUGCAGUUUUUCUUUCGUCAUGUGCGUUCGUUUCUAAAUAGAUGCAAUUGUUUUUUAUGCAUUUUUCAUACGAAUUAAUUUUUUAGUUAAAUUUGACAGUUUUUGCGUUCUGAAGACAGUUUUGCAGUUUUGUGCAUUCCACUGUGACUGGCUGCUGACGAGCAUUAUAAGCGACCCGUUGAUCGGCUCAUCCUACAUAGUGGUAGGAUCUCCACACGUUGAUUACAAAUUGCGAGUAGGAGGUCAUAUUUCCUGUGUUUCUAUAUCUUCCACACAUCAGUGCUUACGGUGUCUUAUUUAUUAGUAUGUUUGUGCUUUUGCUUACCGUAAUUCUCUUCUGUAAACGCAAAUUGUAUAAUGAAUUUGAACUGAGCUUUUUCAUGUUCUUGUGAAAACAUGAUUAUUCCCUAAAAAUACAUUCCCAGCCGGAACUUAUACAUCAUUUGAUGAGCUGCGUACGAAAGUUCAGGCGAGGUCGCUGCUCUGUUUCUCCUCCUGUCUGAUUUUUAUAGUGGCAACAGGAACGCCUACGGUUACUGUGGACGGUGGGAAGAUCAAUGAUACACCUGACUUGACCAGUUGCAUCUGUGUGUUAUAUGUACCUGAAUCUUUCUUUCAGUAGUUUGUGUGGUUGAUUAUUGUAGGACAUUUGCGUUCCAGCAGGAAGUCGCAAGUAUUUAUUUAGUGCACAUACUGCGGCCUUUAUUUGUUAGCCUGAUAGUCUUUAUCGCCCGAAAGCCAUAAUCCUGUUUACUUAUUAAAAAUCAACUUUUGGAUUCUAGAUCCGGAUAAACCCAGUGGCGGCGAAAUUGCUGGCAUCGUCAUUGCUAUUCUGAUUUGCCUCCUUCUCAUCGCUUUAAUCAUCUUGCUUCUUUGCCGAUGUCAUAAACUGUGAGCGAUUUAUAUAUAUUCUUAGCUGGUUGUGAUCACUCAUUAUAAAUUGAACUCCGGUAAAUUAUUAUAAAUGCAAUAUUUUAGGACCGGUGAAGAUGACUUUAUAAGUAUUGGGUAAGCCGCUGUAGAUAUCUUCCAAUGUGACGAGUAUAUUUUUCAUGGUUAAUUCGCAUUACGUACAACUAAUAUCUUUUAGCCAAUCGCGAUCAGGAUGAGAGAAAACCAAAUUAUUAUAAGUAAUUUCUUGGAGUCGUGUCAUAUCAACCCGACCUGUUGCAAUUUGUUUUGUCUCAUUGCACGUAAUCAGUUAUGCGCAAUGCACUAAUUUAUGUCAAAGCCUAAACACGCGAGAAAGUUUACCACUCCUUGUUUGCAUUUUUAAAAGUCUGGGUACAUCUGAGGAGUUUAACUUUUUGUCCGAGUAUUAAUAUUCGCAGUUGGCUUCUUUUUACAUACUUCUAAUUUACUUUUUCCAAAUGUGCCUAGGUCCGAAUAUUCGGCAUCAGAGGUAUAUUUCGUAUUUUGUAAUUCCUGUAUUAAUCUGCGCAUACAUAAGUGUGCAGAUUUAUAAAAUCGAAAACGUGUUUAAACGUAAUCGUUUUUUAACGAUUGUUCAGGUAUAA